CGUCCAGCGAUCAGUUGAACCGAUCCUCUCGUGCUCGCCAGCCACCCCGAACCCGUGUCCGUGCGCGCCUCUCGUUCGUCUCCGUGAGUUCUCACGUGGGUUUUAUCAGUGCUGUGUGUGCCAAGGAUUUUUUUGGAUUUCUUACCUGUGCUUCCUGGUUGUCACCUUAACGAGCAGGGAAAGGACAAGUCGACACUCCUGAAUCAGCGUAAUUUAUCCCCUCGUCCGGCCGCUAUGAAAAUAACCGCGCGGGAAUUGUGAGGAAGAGGAGAGACACUAACCGCGCUACAAAACACAGAGUUUUCCACCGACGAAGCAAUCGACAGUCCGUUACACGAUGGCGCCGAAAUCCGAGGUGCAGGGCAUGAAUCAACAGAGCUUGAUCGAGCCUCUCGUCGUGGUGAAAGACAUGAAAAACUCCAAGUACUAUCUGGACCCGCUUUCACUCUUGGGCGAGAGGAGCUUCAAAGAGCCCCAGGAGAUACCCGAUGACGUCACCGGCACCCCGAUCCAAGAGUUCUUCCGCGGAGCCACGGUAUUCUUGACGGGUGGCACCGGGUUCAUGGGCAAAGUUCUCAUCGAGAAAUUGUUGAGAUCGUGCCCCCACGUCAAACACAUUUACCUUCUCAUCAGACCCAAGAAGGGGAAGGCCAUCCACGAAAGGCUUGACGAUAUUUUCUCAGAUAGACUGUUCAAAAGGCUGAAGCACGAGGUUCCGAAAUACUACCACAAAGUAUCAGUGAUUUCCGGGGACUGCUCCCUUCCUGGUCUGGGAAUUAGUCAGCAAGACCGAGACCUGAUCACGGAUGAAGUGGACAUCAUUUUCCACGGUGCGGCCACCGUCCGAUUCAACGAGCCUCUCCGGCAGGCGCUCGCCAUUAACGUCGAGGGCAGUCGCGCCAUUCUGCAGCUAGCCAAACAAGUCAAAAAUCUAAAGUCGAUAGUUCACGUUUCAACUGCGUUUGCAAACUGUCCAAAUCUGGAAAUAGACGAAAAAUUUUACUCUGUGCCAAAUACUUAUGAGGAGGUUCUAGAGAAGGUCAACAAAUGCACCGAUGAAGAAAUUGAAGAAAAAUUGUCAGAAUUUUUAGGACCCUGGCCUAAUUCAUACACGUACACAAAGGCCUUAGCCGAACAUGUAGUUAGAGAGGAAAGCAAAGGAUUACCCAUCGCCAUAUUUAGACCUGCCGUCGUGAUAACGACAUACCGCGAACCAGUUAGAGGAUGGAUCGACAACUUGUACGGUCCGGUGGGUCUGAUAGUGGGUGCAGGAACGGGUGUCUUGCACACAUACCACGCCACCCCCGAGCUGGUCACCGAUAUGGUCCCUGUAGACUUGACUGUCAAUUCUCUCAUUGCUACGGCUUGGCAAACUGGAAAAAUCGCCAAGGAACAGAAGUCGCUUUCAAUCUACAACUAUGUUUCCUCUGCACAAAAUCCGAUCGUAUGGUCAGACUUCAUCAGACUGAACCACAAGAUGGGCAUCCAUUGGCCAACCAUCCGUGCUGUUUGGUACUAUUCAUUCUACCCGUUCAACAAUAAAUUCCUCUUCAUGUUAGCUACUCUCUUCUUCCACACUAUCCCCGGAAUGAUUCUGGAUGCGCUUGCGAAAUUAGCCGGUCAAAAGCCAAUGUUAGGAAAAAUUUACGAUCGAUUAGCGAAAGUCGAGGACACUCUAGAGUACUUCUCAAACAAAGAAUGGACCUUCCAUAACAACAACGUGCAGAAUCUUUGGAAACAGAUGACACCAGAGGACCAGAACAUAUUCUUCUUCGACAUGGCGCAAAUGUCUUGGGAAUAUCACACGGAGGCGCUGUGCCUUGGGAUGAGAGUCUAUUUACUCAAAGACGAUGUAGACACACUGCCGGAGGCUAGAAAGAAAUGGAAUAGGUUAUACGUUGCACAUAACACUUUAAAAGCAGUAGUUGCUGUACUUCUACUACAUGUGCUGUGGACUAUUUCGUCAACGAUUUAUCAUUACGUGCUUUCUUGAGGACUGGAAGCUACAUUUCUCUGUAAUUAUUACCUCUUAUUGAGGUCUCGUCCACCAAACUGAGUGAUCGAUCACUCAUGACGUUCGACCAAAGACGUUUUGAUUCAGCAGACAGGGAGCCUUUGACGUACCUUCGUUUUGACGUCAUCUGCUACAUCAAUACGUCAAAAGCAGCGUUGAGACCCUGAAAGAAGAAAUUAGGCCCGAAAUUAUGCAUGUAGGCCAUGUGAACACUCACACACGAGCUACUACUCCCCUUAAAGGACUUACAAGAUUCUAAAAUUGUUCUAAGGAAUCCGCCUACUUUUAUUCCAAGUCUUUUGUGCCCUGACUGCUUUAUUUAAAUGUCUUCACUUUGAAUUUAUCCCUCCCAAGUCGGUAAUUAGUAAUAGGUGACCUUAAAUUAUUAUUGUAAACUAUAGAGUACCUUUUAGAUCGUAAGAUUUUGUAACUACUUAAUGAAAUGAUAAAAUGUGCCCACAGUUUCUCAGCCAUUUUCCACAGAAUUUAAUAAAUAUACACGCGCACAAUCAAGCCUGACGUAGAACAACUUAAUUGGAAUUUGUAAUAUUUUACAAUUUUUUUUCAUUGUUUUUAAUAAAACUUAUCAUUCUUGGAUGAAGCAGAAACGCCUCUUAAUUCAAUAUUGUGCGCCCUGGCCGUAAAUUUCAGUACUUUACUUGUAUGUGAUCUUUUCAGUAAAUACAAACCUAAUUUUUAUCGUGUAUCUUAGUUAAUUAAACAAAUUAGACUCUAAAAAUAAAUAAAAUGUAUUACUUUGUGUAGAAA